AUGUUAUGGAAUGCGGAUGGGAUUAUUAAUAAAUUUACUGAAUUCAGUAAUUUCAUUUAUGAGCAUAAAAUAGACAUUGCCUUAGUGACCGAAACUCAUACAAACGCCUCAAAUAGGUUAACCUUAGCAAAUUAUCAUACCUAUAAGACCGAUAGGACUGUAUGUAGAGGCGGAGGCACGGCUAUCUUUGUUAAAAGAAGCUAUAACUCAGUUCAAUAUAGCAAUAGUACUGGUCAACAUCACGAGGAAACCUCCAUUCUUCUCUACCAAAAUGAUAAGACUGCAUACAAAUUCACUGCUUUUUAUAACAAACCCGGCCACACCAUUAGGGAUGAUACCAUAAAAUCGCUUAUUCCUCCAAACAUUAAGUGUAUUAUCGGAGGUGAUCUAAACGCCAAGAAUACAUCCUGGGGAUGCCGCACAAAUAACCAAAACGGCAAGGAACUUUAUAAAAUUAUAGCAGAUAAUAACCUGACGGUUAUUGCACCCACUGAUCACACGUACUUCCCGUACGUACCAAACAAAAGAUCAGACUUACUAGAUUUUUUCAUCACAAAUUCUAAUACUCCAAUGAGCUGCCAUACAAUCACUGAGCUUACCAGCGACCAUGUACCUGUAAUAGCCACACUCGGAGACACCAUCCAAGACACCCCAAUCAUGAUCAGCAAUACUAACUGGAAUAUCUUUCACAAUAUUUUAGCCCUCGAUGAUAAUGAUUAUACCAUAAAUGACUUAAACGACAUAGAGCCCACAAUACGGCUACUAACUGAUAAAAUACAGGCCGCUCACUCAGAGGCAACAAAAGUUAUGGCCAGCAAAAAGAAUUACAUGGCACUGCCACAACACCUUAGAGAGGAAAUAGGAUAUAAAAACUACAUAAGGAAAAGAUGGCAGAAAAAUGGAGACCCAAAAGACAAACAAGAAUUAAACAAGCUAACAAAAGUACUAAAGAGGAAAUGCCAAAAGUAUAGAAAUGACAACUGGAAUGAUAAAAUAGCAGAGCUCUGCACCGAAAAUCAGACAAUUUGGAGAAUGGCAAAGUCACUGAAAUCAUCUAAUAAUAGGACUGUUAACAAACCAAUUGUUGACAAUAAUCGUAAUAUCUAUAGCGAUAAAGAUAAACUCACAAUAUUUGCCAACACAAUUGAGAACCAAUUUAAACUUAACCAACAUCCAACUGAUGUUGAUGAAGAAGAUAAUAUAAAUAAUAUCUAUGAUGAUUAUCAGAAACACAAAAUCCCCGGCCCUAUAGACACAAUCGACCAGGCGGACAUAAUCAACAUUAUAAACAAACUGAAUAAUAAGAAAGCGCCGGGCGAGGACAAUGUUAAUAAUAAAAUGAUGAAACAUUUGACAAUUAACCAGAUCAACGCUUUAUGCAACAUCUACAAUGCUUGUUUAAUGCAUAACAUCUUCCCAAACAACUGGAAGAAUGCCACGAUUAUCUUAAUAGCCAAGCCUGGGAAAGAUAGCCGUAUUGCCACCAAUUUCAGACCAAUAAGUCUCCUUCCAACUUUUGGGAAGAUCCUUGAAAGACUACUGCUAUGGAGGCUUAUACCCCACAUAAACUUCUUACCUGACCAACAGUUUGGAUUCAGAAAAGAUCUUUCAACCACCAAACAACUGAUCAGACUAAUAGAUUUCAUUAGCGAUGGAUUAUAUAAGCACGAAACCACAGCCCUUCUUAUGCUAGACGUGGCCAAAGCUUUUGACCGCGUCUGGCAUAAGGCACUUAUAACCAAACUUAUUAAGCAAAAGGUCCCAAAUGCUUUUAUUAAUAUCAUCGAUUCAUAUCUUAAGAAUAGGACCUUUCAAAUUAAACUAAAUGAUAAGUUAUCUGAUAAGAGGCCAAUAAAUGCGGGAGUCCCCCAAGGAAGCAUCCUUGGGCCUCUUCUGUAUCUAAUUUAUACUAGUGACUUUCCUAUUUCAAAUGAUCACAACUAUAUGGUGGCUUUUUACGCCGAUGAUACGGCAAUCGCCAUUAGAUCAAUAAACCCUAAUCACGCAGCUCAAAAGCUUAACGAGAAUAUGCCUGACAUAGAAGAAUGGUGCUCAAAAAAUAAAAUAGCAAUUAACACCGACAAAUCCAAACUUAUGUUUAUUAGAAGAAGGAAAAGAAGCAGACAGGUUACAAACAAAGUUUGCCUAUUUUCCGAUAACAUUCCGGUCGUAAAUAAAGCCGAUUACCUGGGGCUCACCCUGAAUCAUAGGCUUAACUGGAAUGACCACAUUAGCAAAAUCAUUACAAAGUCACAAGCUGCUUUCGCCAGCAUGCGACCCUUAUUGAACUCUAGCUCAAAGCUACCAUUAAAUUUAAAAAGGCACCUUUAUUUAAGUUGCAUAAGACCGAUUUUCACUUAUGCAUGCCCCGCAUGGAACUGUAUAACCAACACCCAGAUCAAGAAAUUGGAAACACUGCAAAAUAAAUUCCUCCGUAGGAUCACUGGUGCCCCUUGGCAGAUCCCAAAUAAGUACAUACGUAGAGAUCUAAAUAUUGAGACAGUCCACGAAUAUAUUAACCUAAUGAGCGCUAGCUUUUUUCAUAGUGCUAACAACACAAAUACUGUGAAUUACAAGAAUAUUAUGGACAAAGAACUUAUCCAAGAUAGUAGGAGCCACAAUCCUAUUAUUAACUUCCUGCUAUCCGAUGGUAUACUCUCACAUUACUUAAGCCAUGCUCCUUGCUUCAAGAACAUCUCUACUGAUCCAAAAAAAUGCGGAGAGAAAUAUCGAACGAUUGCUGUUUUGUCUCAUGAACAAAAAGAAGAAGAUAAGGAUUCAGCUUUGAAAUCGGUUUGCUGUGCAUUAAAAGAAUUCACCCUAUGCCAGCAUGAACAUGCUCUUAGAGAUUGUGGACUGAGAGCCAGUCAGUUUUUGCAAAGACACACAGAAAGGAUGUCUGGCUCUCUAAUCAACGAGCACUGCGUCCUCUACACUUAUGAUCCAGGUUCUUGCUCAUCCAUUGCUUCAAUUUUAAGUUAUGUCUCCAUAAAUAGAGCUUUCUGUUUAAUUAUCUCCUUCACUGUAAUAUUUUUCAUCGUUAAUAUAGAUUUUUGACUCA